AUGAAGGAAAGGAGACUUACCCAGCCUCUGGUGGAGAGAUGUAAACUGGUGUUGGUUGGGGACGUUCAAUGCGGGAAAACCGCAAUGUUGCAAGUCCUGGCCAAGGAUUCCUAUCCUGAGGUAUGCGAUUUCUACCUGCCACAUUUGAUUGGAUUACACACAAAACCUAAAGGCAUAGGCCUACUGGAAUAUUCUACAUACAUAGGCUAUAAAGAGAUGAUAAUUAGAUGAUAAAGACAAAGAGAAUGUGUCAAGUUUAUAUUUUCUAAUACCCUUAACUUUCAUUUUCACUAAUAACUGCAUUGCUAAAUUGUGUUAGAUUUAUGAUAGAACUCAAGUCAAGUGUCAAGACACAGAUGAUUUAUUGCUUAAUUCUUACAUAAUGCUUUAUCCCAAGAUAAGACUUAACAUCCUAAGUGUAUAAUUGAUAGGAAACAAUUAUUUCCUAUUUCUUAAAAUACUCAAAUACAUGGGUCUUAAAAUGAUUUGGCAUUUUUCUCUGUUAUCAUGGAGUUGGCAUUUGUUUUAAAAUGAUCAGAUGCCUUAUUUGGUCAGACAGACAGUAGGCAGUGGCACAGUAGCCACAAACUAGGAUGACCUUUAUAUGUAAAACUAACACUAUUUACACUGUAUGUAAAUGUCCUACUGAUGAUUACAAGGUUCACUAGUUCACAGGUUGACUGUAUUCUAAUUUCUAUAUCCUACAUUUACAUAGUGUAAUUCCCUGUAGUAAUACUAAUGAACCCAUUCCUUUCUGCAUCCACAGACAUAUGUUCCAACAGUAUUUGAGAACUACACCGCCUGUUUGGAGCUGGAGGACCAGCGCGUAGAGCUCAGUCUCUGGGACACGUCA